AUGGAGAGGCCUUCUCCAGCUCGAGGAUCGCCAUCGGCGCAGCUUACUGCAUUCAAUGCGAUGGGCUACGACCCUCUUGGUCACCGAGGGAAUCCUGUUUCGUUGCCUGGGAUGGAGACAAUCCGUCCAACUGCUGAUCCGUUUGCUGGUUGGUCCAAUGAGACAGGGUCUGCGUCUAGCGUUCCUUCAUCUCAAACCACUACCGCAGGCUCUGCUUCUGGCUACCCCUAUCCAGCGCACGCUACCCUUGACCAGGCAAACACUCAGUACCAGUACUCGUCUGUUUCGCCUCGGCUAGCUCGCACAAUCAACACAUCUCAAACUGUCAUCGGACAAACCCCAGUUUCUUCAGCUCAUCCCACAAACCCUGGUCCUGGUGGAAUGCGAUACUCGCCUUCCCAUGCCCAGACAUCUCGGUCGCUGGAUUACAUGGCAUACUCGCCUCGUUCUUCGACUAAUACUCAGGCACGUCUGGGAGCAUCUCAGUAUCUGCUCUCUCCUGUUCAGUCAAGCAUUGCCAACGCUCGGUACUCCCCAUCGCGUGAAGAUAUCACGUUUGAAUACAAGCCGAUCCCGGAUUUCUUAUCUAGCUUGCUCGCAACCACCCAGGAUUCAGUUCGAGAUGUCCCUGUUUCUACCAACAACGCCUUGACCCAUAUUUCCCGUGGUAGCCAAGCUGGUCGCUCCACUGGUACAACUAACCUGUCUUCGCAGCCCCUCUCCGGUGGAACUCAUAACGUUACUGAAAAGCAUCGAAGCUUUAUCGUGCGAAAUGUCCCUGUCGACACCGCCCACCGCUCGAUUGUUAUGAUGCUUCCCAUUGACGAAUACCCCUCCCUUGAGGAUGUUUGUCUCAAGCAAGUUGAGACCCAGGGUGCAUUCUCGUUUUCGUUUAGUGACCUUCGAGAGGCCAUCCGCGCCAUGAACAAAAUUCGCCAAACUCGUCCUGCAUGGCGCGUCAUGCCUGCCAAUUGCAAAGAUCUUGCCAAUUUUAAGGGAACCAACGGAGCUAAUACCUCUUCCUCUGUUCAUCAAGAUGGUGCAUUCCUGCUUUCUGUGUACACCAUCCAAAACCAGUGGCUCACGGAACCUAUGGAGGAUGUUGUUCGACAGGUCGUCACUUCUCUUGGGACCCCGCGUUCUUGCAAGCUUAUUGAGAACGGCACAAACAUGGGUCGAUACCAAGUAGAAUAUUUCAACAAGCGUCACGCGACUUAUGCUUUUUCAUGUCUCGGUGGAUUCAAGCUCGAAGGUUUUCGUUUCAAUGUCUCUAUUGAUACACAGGAAGAGAUUCCUGCUUUGUCUCAUAUUCGAACUACCAGCUUUGGCUCCCCUCAGAGCCCCAUUACGCCGUAUCGCCACGUAUCCAAGGUGAACGAACACGUUGAGAAGGUCGAUGUUUCCCCGGCCUUUGAGGAGGGUCAGACGAGCGCAGAACACGCCAUUGAUCUCGACCGAAUCAGGCAAGGACUAGAUGUUCGCAGCACUGUCAUGAUCCGCAACAUUCCUAACAAGAUAACAUCGGAUCAGUUGAAGAGCAUCAUUGACGAGUCCAGCUAUGGGAAGUAUGACUUCCUCUACCUACGCAUGGAUUUUACCCAUCAUUGCAACGUUGGUUAUGCUUUCAUGAACUUCGGAGAUGCAAUUGACAUUAUCGACCUCGUGCACUCUCGACAGGGCAAGACUUGGCCCGACUGCAUCUCCGAGAAGAGAACUGAGAUUUCUUACGCCACACUCCAAGGGAAGGAGGCUCUCGUGAACAGGUUCCGAAACAGUAACGUUAUGACCCGUCCUCCCGGAGAACGACCUCGUCUCUUCCAUAUCGACGGCCCCCGCGCGGGCACCGAAGCAGCCUUCCCCGGUCCCAAUGAUGCCAGUAAGCUCCGUCGUUCAGUUGCUAGCACUACUCAGCAAGGCCUCUUUGCACCUCGAACCCGACCUCCCACUACGCCUCACACCAACCGUACGCGACCCCAAUCGCAGUCCUUCAGCCAGACUCCACGAGGUCGAGGAUCCAUCCGCACUCCCCGGCAUUCUGGUGGACGAUCGGUGCAGCAUGUCCCUAGCGACUUUUCUUCGAUGCGGGCAGAGGACCGUCAAUUCAUCUCGCCGAGGAAUUAA